AUGUUACUUCCCUAUGUUGAAGACUCUUCCAAACUGCGCCGCUCGGUUUCUCCCAGUACUACCAAGCGAUUAUCUGUGAACGAUGACGAUGAAGAAAUUCACAUCAUCACAGAGCCAUCGCCUUCUCCAGAAGAGCCUGCGGAUAGCGCGAAGCACAACGGCAAACGACCUAAACAUGGUGGCAAGACCAACACCAAUAGACAUACUACAACGGCAAAGAAAGGCGUUGAUUACCAGGAAAUAAAGGAACAAACCGACGUCCCAGGUCCUGUGCCGGAUACUGGCUAUACACCAACAAAGGCGGUCACAUUAGGAGCUCACAAUUCGCAAACAAUGUACUCGCGGGCUUCAACAACAUCUUUUCACACAUUUACCCCUCUCCCCCCAUUGUUGACGAAGGAAACUGAAACAAGUGUACUGCAUCCCAACCUAGUUUAUUCAACGAAUACUCUUAUGAGUUCUGGAAUAAUUCGCCCUUCUGCUGCCACCUCUAGCGUUCAUACUGGGAAUAGUCCGCAUCCUCCUCGAGCUAUGAUAGUCGGUUUUUCUGUCGGCGGUGCUCUUGUUCUAAUAGGCAUUUUUGUCUCAAUCAAAUUGAUCACGCGUCCUCGUCGUAGAAAGACUCCGACGCCGUCAUUACCCAUUUUGCAAGAUGGGAUAUUUAGCGAUAAACCAGACCAAGAAAGUUCCCCUGUCUUUGGAGGGAAGGAAUGGACCUCACCGACAAAUGAAAAUGAAAGUGGUCGCGGUAAUACGGGUCUGUGGACAUGGACACAAUAUCAUUCUGGGAUUCCAAAAGGUGCCGCUGCACUAGCGUCAUCGGGGUCCAAUAUUUCAGUAAAGCCCGCGAGUGGCAAAGCCGUCAAGCAGCCCGCACAGGUCAAACAUCAGUAUCCCUUUUCUGUCCCAGGCGUUUCUUGCACCCAAAACCAAGCACCGCAACCCACACAGAAUGCUAUAACUCGCGCCGUUUCGAGGCUUUCUACGAUUUCUAUGUCACUUUAUCCUGGUUCACCCGUUACCUAUAAUGAAGGUGCUAAUGUUGGCGUUGCUAUUGACGGUACUAGUACUCCGGGCACCGGCGGGCAGACGCUUACAAACCAGAAACGCAUCGUUCCGUCUGGAAGCAGAAAAAAAGUGCUGAGUCAAGAAAGUUUUGACGACAACGUUCGAACUCCACGGCGUCAGAGUUUUGCUUAUGGUGGCAUGGACAUCAUCUCUCCUGUAUACCCGACUGAAGUGGCACCCACCAACCCGACUAGUAAUGGCCGUGCCCGCAUCAAAUCCACUUACUACACACCAGGCACUUAUACCCGCUCGUCUACCGUCUUACCGCUGGUAUCAAACUUCACGAGGGAUCGUGACUUGCAGCAUGGCGUCAAUGAUACGCCCAAGUUUGACUUUCAUCAUCAACGGGAUACACAUGCUCUGACUUCUGCAUUGGGAUUGGCUUCUCCUGCACUCUCUCUUCAGCCAACAUUGUAUCCAGAUGACUCUUUGAGCGUCAUUGGGGAAUCCAAAAGGGUAUCAAUACGUGCUAAUCGCUAUCAAAAGAAGCCUGUUCCUAAAUCCAUGGAUCAAAGCGAUAAGCUGGCCGUCUCUUCCUCAGAGUCGGCAAAUCUGGGGAACUUGAUGCUUGUCGACUUUUCGGCUUCCAAGUCAACUGCGUCAUUAGUCAAUUUAUGCCCGGCUGAAGUGACAAGGGAUGGCGCUUCGAAUUCUACAAGCGGAGGACGUAAAAAGCCAAUUUUGAAGAAGGUGGAAGAUAAGCCGCCCCGGGUCCCUUCUCCGCCUCCUUUGCCUUCACUUGCCCAGAUGGCGCUGGCCCAUAACAAUCCCGAUGCAUACAAUGAUUAUCACAGUCCAACAUAUAGCAUCUACGGUCUUUAUGACGAUGACAGGAAAAGUUGUGCUACUUCGUAUGGUUAA